AUGUCAGUCGCUAGGUCCGCUCGAUCGGCGCAGUCGCUGCUGCGCUCGAUACAGCGAGCUUCCAGCUUUGCUCCGAGAACGUAUGCGACGAUCCAGUCCGAUAUCUUUAAGCCCACCAAGUUCGGCGGCAAGUACACCGUCACCCUCAUUCCAGGUGACGGCAUCGGCACCGAAGUCGCCGAAUCCGUAAAAACAAUCUUCAAAGCCGACAACGUGCCCAUCGAAUGGGAGCAAGUCGACGUCACGGGCGUCGACUCCGGCGACAAGCACUCCGAGGAGCUCUUCCGCGAGUCCAUCGCUUCCCUCAAGCGCAACAAGCUCGGUCUCAAGGGUAUCCUGCACACCCCCGUCGAGCGCUCCGGCCACCAGUCCUUCAAUGUCGCCCUGCGCCAGGAACUCGACAUCUACGCAAGUGUGGUCUUGUUCAAGAAUAUUCCGGGGUUGGCAACGAGACACAAGGAUGUGGACAUGUGUAUCAUACGCGAGAACACCGAGGGCGAGUAUAGUGGAUUGGAGCAUCAGAGUGUGAAUGGUGUGGUGGAGAGCUUGAAGAUUAUCACGCGGGCGAAGAGUGAGAGGAUCGCAAAGUUUGCGUUCAGCUUUGCGUUGGCGAACAACCGGAAGAAGGUCACUUGCAUCCACAAAGCCAACAUCAUGAAACUAGCAGACGGCCUCUUCCGCGAGACUGUCAAAGCCACCGGCCGCGACUACCCGACCCUGCAAGUCGACGACAUGAUCGUCGACAACGCCUCCAUGCAAUGCGUCUCUCGCCCGCAACAAUUCGACGUUAUGGUCCUGCCCAACCUCUACGGCGGAAUCCUCACCAACAUCGCCGCUGCCCUUGUCGGUGGUCCGGGUGUCGUGCCCGGCGCCAAUUUGGGCCGAGAUGUCGCAGUUUUCGAGCCCGGAUGCAGGCAUGUGGGACUGGAUAUCAAGGGCAAGGAUCAGGCGAAUCCGACGGCGUUGUUGUUGAGCGGGACGAUGCUGUUGAGGCAUCUGGGGCUCGAUGAUCACGCGAAUCGGAUUGCGAAGGCGGUGUAUGAGGUUAUUGGGAAGGGGAAGGCGUUGACGCGGGAUAUGGGUGGGAGCAGUACGACGCACGAGUUUACACGGGCGGUCCUGGAUCAGAUGGAGGCUGACUUGUAG